UCUUUUACCGGAAGCUGUAACGUCCUUUCUGCUCCCGGUCAGCCAUCAUGGUGUACAAGCGCUUCGUUGAGAUUGGCCGCGUUGCCUACGUUGCUUUCGGACCCUACGCUGGCAAACUGGUGGCCAUCGUUGAUGUCAUCGACCAAAACCGGGCACUGGUUGACGGUCCCUGCACUGGCGUGAAAAGGCAGUCAAUGCCAUUCAAAUGCAUGCAGCUCACAGACUUCGUCAUUAAAGUACCACACAGUGCCCGCCAGAAGUUUGUGAGGCGAGCCUGGGAAAAGGCUGGUGUCAAUGAGAAGUGGGAACAAACCAGCUGGGCCAAGAAGAUCGAGGCUAAAAAGAAGCGAUCUCAGAUGUCUGACUUUGACCGCUACAAGGUCAUGAAGGCCAAGAGAAUGAGGAACAAGAUCAUCAAGCACGAGGUGAAGAAGCUCCAGAAAGAAGCUGCAAAGAAGUGAAUUGUUUCACAAAUAAAAUUCAUUGUUUAAAUUG